CAGGCUUGCGCCUUUACGCAUUCCAGUCCGCCAAGCUUGGACUGGGAACUUGUGCUCUUUGUUUAGAUGGGAUCAACACCAAAGUAGUUCCUCGGAACAGCGAGUGCGCUUCAGAAAGACGCACCAAGCGAGCGGCGCUGAUGAUGUGAGAUCCCAAAUUGACACAGCCAUGUCUGCCACGCACGGACUCCUCAACAGCGUCUUCUCCUGCUCCUCUCCUGCCUCCAAAGUCAUCACCAAAAGGAGACUCCGCCAGACGCGGAGCCUGGACCCCGUUAUCAUCAGGGACUGCUACACCGAGACUGAAGGAGUGAGCGGCGCACCCAGUGCGUCUGGAGCGGCGGCUGCGGACGCAGGUGCGUCUCCGGAGCGCACGGUUGGAAAACCGACUUUACGCACGAAGUUCCUGACCCUGAAGGAGCCAAUAACCCCGUCCCUGUCCUCCCCGUCCAUACCUCUGGAUGUGUCCCCGUCUUCCAACUUCCACUUUGAAUACGAUCUAGCGAAGCGAGUCAAAAGGAAUACGGCGGGGGACUUGUCGUUUCUGGCGAGGAGUCACGGCUUUGCGCCGUCCGGCAGCACCGGCGCGCUCUUCUCCCCGCGGAGGUGGCUUCAGAAGAAAGUCCAGCCUGUCAGCUCUCACACUUACGCCGUGUGGAGGUCGGAGGGUGAUUUCACCUGGACCAGCCUGUCAGGACGGAGUGUCCGUCUGACCCCAGUUGACAUCCAGAGCCUUUCAGAGCUGGAGAGGGCCAGGCUGCAGGAAGUGGCCUACACCCGUUUACACCAGGACUAUGACCUGGGAUGUCAAAUAACAAUGCCUAAAGAUGGACAGAAGAGGAAAAAGUCAUUGAGGAGGAAGCUGGACUCUUUAGGAAAGGAGAAGAGCAAAGACAAGGAAUGCUUACCCCAGGCCUUCAGUAUAUCCCUGUCCCAAGUCAUCGCCAAUGACCGAACGCAUCGGCAGCGUCAGGACAGCUUUCGUCAAGACAAUCCACACCGGGACGAGCACAAGGACCCGUCUGACCUUGUCUCUUCCAUUUUACAGUUUGCCACCAAGAGGCCGUCCAACAAGGAGCUGUCCAGCAGUAACUCCUCUCUGAGUUCAACAUCAGAAACAGCCAAUGAGUCGACAUCACCCAACACACCUGAGGCUGCACCACGAGCGCGCAGGAGGGGUGGAAUGUCAGUGGACUCUAUAACCGACCUUGAUGACAACCAGUCCCGCCUGCUGGAGGCACUGCAGCUCUCUCUGCCUGCUGAAACACCGAAUAAAAAGGAGAAGCAUCGGGACAAAAGGCUAAGCCUCAAUCCCAUCUACCGUCAGGUGCCGCGGGUCGUGGACAGUUGCUGUCAGCACCUUGAAAAAUAUGGUUUGCAGACGGUGGGGAUCUUCAGGGUGGGAAGCUCUAAAAAGAGAGUGCGACAGCUGCGUGAAGAGUUCGAUCGUGGGGUCGACGUCCAACUGGAUGAGGAGCACAGUGUCCAUGACGUGGCUGCUCUCCUGAAGGAGUUCCUCAGGGACAUGCCCGACCCGCUCCUCACUAAAGAGCUCUACACCGCUUUCAUCAACACAACAUCACUGGAUACAGAUGACCAGCAGAGUGCGACUCAGCUGUUGGUGUACUUGCUCCCAGCAUGCAACAGUGACACGCUCCACCGCCUCUUGGAGUUCUUAUCCACUGUGGCGGCUCACGCUCACGACCGACAGGAUAAAGAUGGCCAGGAGGUCACAGGGAACAAGAUGACACCUCUGAACUUGGCCACCAUCUUUGGCCCCAACCUACUUCACAAGCAGAAGAGCUCAGACAAGGAGUUCAGCGUCCAGAGUUCAGCCAGAGCUGAGGAGAGCACCGCCGUCAUCGCCGUGCUGCAGAGGAUGAUCGCUAGCUACCAAACCCUCUUUACAGUGCCUCCUGAUCUGCAAAAUGAGGUUUUGAUGAGUCUGCAAGAGACGGAUCCUGAUGUGGUGGACUACCUUCUGAGGAGAAAAGCAUCACAAAGUCCAGACCUGUUGCCGUCAGAGGAGCCCUUCACACUUAGCGAGCGCCGUUCCUCCAGCGACUCCAACAAGGUGUCCAGCGGUGAGGUAUCCCCAUAUGAUAACAACUCUCCCGUCCUGAAUGAGCGGCGAGGAGAACCGGGGAGUCCAGGGAGCGAUCAGCUAUUUCGCAUUCCCGAGCAGUACACUUUGGUGGGGCAGGUCGCUGGUUGGAGCAGAGAGCCUGGAACUGAUAUAUGGACCUCCAAAGUCAUUGUAUCAGAAGAGCACUCUAACAUCUGGGGGACGUGGCACACAACUCUGAAACCAACACUGAAAGACCAACUGUACACAGGUUCCCAUGGCAACAUGUCAGAAGGAAGCUCUCGCAGCUCACAGGAGGGGCUCGACGGACUCCAUGGCGAUAGCCGACAUCAGCAGCCAACGAUGCAACGGGUUGAGUGCAGGCCGCACCAACCUGUAACCAGAGUGUGCACCAGCCCUCACGCAGAGACAGGUCGGCCAUGCCUCAAGCUCACUGUCAGCCCCCCAGUGGCGUCACACUACAACAGCCAAUCAGGACGGGCAGGUGGUCACACGCUCACCCCUACCUCCAGACCUUACAGUGUGGCACACAGCGGCAGCAGCGGCUCUACUCACAAUGACCGUUCACCUCCCCCUUAUAACAUCAAUCACCGACUGGCCAGUUCGCAAAGCUUACCUCAGCUUGCAAUGGCUCAGCAGCACCCACCACAGCAUGGGAGGCCAAGUACAGCACAAAAAGAUUCCAAAGAAGCACAAAUGGUGCCACACAGCCUGGAGUGGCAGGACUGGCAGAGGGACCAGUGGCAGAUCUGGCAGCUUCUGUCCUCGGACAAUAGUGAGACACUGCCUGAAACACUGGUGUGAGCUCCAGCUUCACAGAGAUCCACCCCUUUGACCCAAGUAUGAUCAAAAACCUCUCACUCUCCAUUUUUCUGGACCUUCCAUCCAUCAUUUACUACCAUACCAUAGACCUUCCAUGCUUUCCCUGCGUCUUAGCGCCAUGGUGUUUGUUUACGUGCACAGCUGCUGCCUUAUGUAUACUUUUACAUCCAAGAGCCACUCGUACUUCUUGUUUAAAUGGAUACUAAAAGAAAAAGCUUUUUUUUUUCUUGUAUGUAUGUGUUUGUCAUGGAGUUGGGG